UUAACUCCUCCAAAAUCUAAUUGUAUGGAUCGAUCAAUCAACAUGGUAGAUCAGGAACAAGAUGGAAUGCUCCCAAUUGCAAACGUGGGUCGAAUCAUGAAACAAAUUCUUCCCCCAAGAGCCAAAAUUUCCAGGGAAGCCAAACAAACAAUGCAAGAAUGUGCAACUGAGUUCCUAAGUUUUGUAACUGGCGAGGCUUCUGACAAGUGUCACAAGGAGAAUCGCAAGACCGUCAAUGGAGACGACAUCUGUUGGGCUCUGAGUGCUCUAGGCUUUGAUAACCAUGCCCAGGCUACUACAAGGUACUUGCAUAAAUACAGGGAAGCUGAAAGAGACAAAGCUGCAGCUAACAACCAAAACACAGCACAUAUUAAAAGUCAUGGAGGCCAGCAGGCAGCGCAGCAAAAUCAAACUUCAAAUCUGGAGUUUCGGGUGCUUGGGAAAGGUGACAACUCCCUUGUUACCAAGCCAUGACCUUGAUCAAGAAUGCAGUUCCGAUCGAUGGGAUCUGGGGCCAAAUAAAGUUUCAUUUGAAACUUAAAAAAGUUUCCGGAUGAUGUUUUAGGUCAGAUUUUUCAUCAUACCGCUCGAUGUUUGAGUUUGGCUGGCAUUAGUUAUGCCUGCACUUUUUCCGUCAGUGAACUGUCAGGUUUGAUAUGAACUGGCUUAAUUUACUUGCUAGUAAGAGGAAAAUAAUCCAAGUUUCUACUCAAAUAUUCAUGCUUAAUUUCUUCAGGUGUUUUCCGCUUAAGUUUAAUUUUUCUUUCCUUUUUUUCUCUUAGUUAAGGA